UGAAAAUAGGAUUAGUUAGUUAUUUACCAAUGGCGAACGACUCUGUCUCUCGCUUCGCCACCAAGAUCGGCAACCUGUUCCGGCCGCUUGCUGCAGAGAUGAUAAGAGUAUCAUUAUCAGAUCUUGCAGCGAGAUCUAUGCCCGAGGUACAGCGAUAUAAAUUAGAAGGUAUUAAAGUGAUUUUGAAGAAUAUCAAAGGGCUGCUGUAUGAUUCGGGGCGCCAGAUCAGGGAAGAUGAUAUCAAACUGUGGCUGAAGGAGCUCCAAGAUUUGGUCAUCGAGGUUGAAGAUUUGGUGGAUGAUUAUCAAUACAAGAUGUUCCAACGCGAAGCGGAAUUUCUUAAUAAAAUCGAGCAGCCGUCAGGUUACGUAUCUUCAGAUCCUUUGCGGGGACUUGAUGGAGGGGCAAUGCAUUCCCCGGGACUCGACGGAGCGGCAAAGUCGUGUAUAAUAGACUCUUGCCCGGGACUUGGAGGAGGGGCAAGGUCUUCAAUACAUCCUUCUCCGGAACUUAGCGUAGGAGCAAGUCAUUCUUCGGGACUUGAUGUAGGGACAAGUCAUCAUUCGGGUAUAACAGACUUUUCCUCGGGAUUUGGUGGAGGGGCAAGGUCUACAAUAGACCCUUCUCCAGAAUUUUCCUCGGGACUUGGUGGAGGGGCAAGGUCUACCAUAGAUCCUUCUCCAGAAUUUUUUACAAUAGACCCUUCUCCAGAUUUUUCCCCGGAACUUGACGGGAGGAGGAGGAUCGGAUUCUUUGGUCCUCAUUCUUCGUUAUUGGAUCAGUUGUUGGAUCAACAUAAAAAGAUUGAUAAGAUAAUCUCAUCCUGGAAGAAGGAGGAGGAGGUAAUUUCCUGUAUAACAACAGACCCUUCCUCGGGACUUGACGGAGGGGCAAGGCAUUCCCCGGGAUUUAGGGAGGUGGUAGGGCCGUCUACGAUACGGAAUGAGGUAGACGCUUCUCCAAUCAAGGGUCCAUUCAAUAUUGUUGUCAGGAUUGCAUGGGUGAAACACAAUCUCCUCGCACAACUCCAGAAGUCCCAGAAAUUCGCAAGCCACCUGCUGCUAGUUUCGCAAGAGAAUCAAGAUUCUGAGAAGUUGCAAAGGGUAAGAGAGUUUCUUCUUGCAGAGUCAUCGAGUCAGAAAUCAACCAAAGAUUUGAACUACUUUCCGGCGGAUACCAUCCGUGGAAGGAAGCAUUACAAUGCUUUUGAUGUAACUAAACAAAUCUAUGGGAGGAACAGGGACAAGGAGUUUAUCAUUAGUUGGCUAUUCAGUACAAAUUCCAGAUUUUCUCUAUUUGAGGAUGAACGCAGUAGAAAUAAGUUCUCUGCUAUUUCGAUAGUCGGCGAGGCAGGUGUUGGAAAAACAACCCUAGCUAAGGAAGUAUACAACGAUCCCCUCAUAUGCAAAUACUUCAACUCAAGAGUCUGGCUUCACUUCACUGAGGAAUCUGAUGCUGUAAGCUUUUCAAAAGCAUUUUUUGUCUCUAUAACGGGAAAGUCAUGUGAUGGUAAACUACCGGUUCAUCUUCAAAGUGUUAUGAAGGAAGAACUAAAGGGAAAAAAGCUUUUGCUCGUGCUGGAUGAUCUUCAGGACCUGAAUCCGAGACUGUGGGAAUACUUGCAAGCUCCCUUAGCUGGUGUCAGAAUGGCCAAGUUUAUAAUUACUUCCCGGACUGAGCUAGAAGCUAGCAAAUUAAGAGGAAUCGAAUCUUAUCCAUUGGGUUGCUUGCCUCUAGAUCUGUCAUGGGAUUUAUUCCAGCACUGUGCAUUUCGUGAAGAUUCCAGUCACCCACCUAAGCUCAUUGAAAUCGGAAAACGUAUUGUUCAAGAGUGUAGGGGAUUGCCUAUAGCUGUGAAAACUCUUGGAAGUGUUCUUGGCUAUCAAAUGGAUAAACAGAUAUGGUUAGAUGUUUUGGAUAGUGAAUUGUGGGAAUUACAAGAAACUGAAACUGACAUUUCUCCAGCUCUUCAGUUGAGCUACUAUCUAUUGCCCACUUACUUGAAACCGUGUUUCCUCUACUGUUCUCUUUUUCCUAGAGGAUAUAAGUUUGAUAAAUAUGAGUUAGUCAGAUUGUGGAUGGCACAAGGUUACAUUCAGCAUGAGUAUGGUCAAAGUCUGGAAACCGUUGGUUGUAAUUACUUCCAUGAGUUGCAGAUGCUAACAAUUUUUGACAGAUCAUGGGAUGGGACAUUCACAAUCCAUAACUUGCUAUACGAUGUGUCGAGGUAUAUGUCAAAUGGAGAAUGCUCUUCCUUGCCAUAUGGGAAGAUGUAUAAGGACUCAGGUAAAAUUCGUCAAUUAUACGUGACAAGUAGCAAGGGGACAAAUGAACUCCAGUCUUCUAAUGCAAACUUGACAUUGCAGUUAUUAUAUAAAAGUUUAGGUGGUUUCCUACCUAAUGAUAUUUUAACUAUGACGUUGAUCGAGUCCGUGCAAGGCAUUCGGGCCUUGGAGUUGACAUGUCAUGGAGAUUCUUCAAUAGCUGAAACAAUUCAGGAGAAAGCAUUGGAUAAACUUAAUGCAUCUUCGGUAUCAAGCCUAAGAUUCAUUCACCUGCGAUAUCUUCGAAUUUGUGAUAGAUUUAUUGAACUCCUUCCUGCAGCCGUGUGCGAGCUUUACAACCUCCAGACACUGACCUUGGACAAAUGUUUAAAGUUAAUAGAACUACCAAGUGACAUAGGCAAGCUUGUUAACCUACGGUAUCUUGGACUUUCUGAAGCAAACAUUGAAAAGUUGCCGAAAUCUGUUUAUCAAUUGCGAAACCUUCAAUCCUUGAAAGUUGAUUAUUGCAGAAAUCUGAAGGAUCUACCCUACAACAUUGGCAGUCUUGUCAAUCUUUGCCAUCUCAGGCUUUCUGGAACAUCUAUCAAAAGGUUGCCUAGAUCUGUACAUUGCCUAUCCAAACUGUCAACACUAAAAUUGGACCAAUGCAAAAUCCUAAUGGCGUUACCCAGUUCCAUAGGAAACCUUGUGAACCUUAGACAUGUUACAGCUUGUAAGACAAAAAUCACAAAACUACCUGAGUCCAUCUGUUUAUUGUUCAACCUACUCACUUUAGAUUUGGCUUACAGCAAUCUUUCAGAGUUACCCAAUGACAUAGGUAACCUCUCCAACUUGAAUUACCUUGCACUUUCAUAUACAAAUAUUUCUAUUCUUCCAGAGUCAUUAUGUUACUUGUAUAGACUUCGUAUAUUGAAGUUGAAUGGUUGCACAAAUCUUUCUCAAUUACCGAGUGGUAUUGGAGCCUUGAAAAGAUUAAGCCAUCUGGUAGUUUCUGGCAUCAAUAUUGAACAGUUGCCUGCAUCUGUAUGCCAAUUGUUGAACCUGGAAGUUCUUGAGAUGGAUGGCUGCAGAAAAUUUUUCAGUUUACCUGAUGGCAUUGGCUAUCUUACUAAACUGCAUCAACUUAAGCUCUCGGAUACAGAAAUACAAGAGUUACCUGAAUCUAUAGGUCAGCUAUCUAACCUGCAAAAUCUGGAGCUAAAUGGUUGCCAAAGGCUCUGCAAGUUACCUGAGAGUAUUGGAGAUCUUUCAGAACUUAGUAAUCUAGAAGUCACAGAGACAAAAAUCAAGGCUUUGCCUGCAUCAUUCUGUCAGCUUUCUAAUCUGAAAGUGCUAAAUCUGAAUGGUAAUUUGGAUCUUCAAGAGUUGCCCAGUGGCAUUGAAAACCUUGCUAAUUUGUGUCAACUUGAACUUUCUGAAGUUGGCAUUGAGGUACUUCCCAGAUGCAUUGUCAGAUUGACUAACCUAGAGAAGUUGACUUUUGAGCACAAGCAGAAACCAUUUGAGAAUUAUCAGUUAUAAACUUACUAAAGAAGACACUCUCUACUGAUGUGUUCUUUCCACUUGCAGCCUUGGUGCAGUAGUUAAAUGGAGCUCCAUUUCAGCUGAUAACUCAAACCAAAAAAGAAGGUUAGCUGAGUUAGAUUCACUUGUUGUGCAAGGUUCAAUAUGUUCAACUAAAUCAUUUCUGCAGUUUCAUUUCAUUCAUUACUUCCAAUCCUUUCCACCAAGAGCAAUCUAACAAACUAUUUAAUGCACCCCCACCCCCACAUGGUUAGUUCCUCAAUAGCUUCAAGCUCUCCAUUGAAGGGGAGGUGCACAUGACCCUGUCCCAAAACCUCCCCUUUUGCGAUCUUCAAUUUAAUUCCUGGUCCACCCAAAUCCAAUCCCCUGGCCUUUCCCUUUCCCCUGGCAUCAAGACAAGAUUUGCAGGAUAAAGCCCACAUGCACCGAAAUCUCUCCUCACCAGCAUUGAAUUCAUGUAGUUUGUGUACAAGAAUUGAUCCCUCGGCACGCCACUGCAUGUGAGGUGAACUCAUGGAGGGCACUGAUUUGAUGCUUGGAACCUCGCUGCUCCAAAAUCCCUUGAAGACUGUAAAUGUCGAGCCAGGCUUGGCUGGAACUUGCACAGUCACGUAGAGAAGCAGAAAAAGGCAUUGGUUGUCAUCUGAUGAGACUCAAUCCAGCCAAACUGAGGAGAAUUAGAUUGUGAAUGAGCCAAGCUCAACUAAAUUUUAUAUUGUUCAAAUUUAUUUAAAAAGAUAAGUGAGCUAAGUCAAGUCAAGUUAAAAUGAAUCAAGUUGUUGAAACGACUCUUUAAGCUUUACUUAAUUUCUUUUUACGAGUUUGAGCUUGAUUUGCUUA